CCGGGCGAAAUGCAAGACGAGGAGGUCGACCGGCACGUGCUCCGCAAGUACGACGUGGAGGCCAAGCUUGGCAAGGGCGCGUAUGCGGUGGUCUUCCGCGCCACCGACCGGAAGACCAAAGGGACCGUCGCGCUCAAGAAGAUCUUCGACGCGUUCCAGAACUCGACCGACGCGCAGCGCACCUUCCGCGAGAUCAUGUACCUCCAGGCGAUGAACGGGCACGAGAACAUCAUCCGGCUGCAGAAUGUGCUAAAGGCGGAAAACGACCGCGACAUCUACCUCGUGUUUGACCACAUGGACACGGACCUGCACGCGGUGAUCCGCGCAAACAUCCUGGAGCCGGUGCACAAGCAGUUCAUCAUCUACCAGUGCCUCAAGGCCCUCCUCUACUGCCACAGCGGCGACCUCAUCCACCGCGACCUCAAGCCGUCCAACCUGCUGCUCGACGAGGAGGCCGUCGACAUGUGGGCGGUCGGCUGCAUCAUUGCGGAGAUGUUUGUCGGUGCGCCGCUCCUCGCCGGCUCCUCCACCAUGAACCAGCUGCAAAAGACGCUCGCCGUCACCGGCUUCCCCUCGCGCGGGGACAUCGACGCCUGCGGAUCAAAGUACGCCGCCAAGAUGCUCGAGUCCUUGGAGCAGCCGUCCGCACUGCGCGACCUAUCCGCCGACAUGAAGGGCGCGCCGCCAGACGCAGCCGACCUCGCGCGCCAGCUGCUCCGCUUCAACCCGGCCAGGCGGCCGGACGUGCGCGCCUGCCUCCGCCACGCGUGGAUGGCCGACUUCGCCACCGGCGACGAGCCGACCUGCCCCGCGGCGCUCGAGGUGCCCAUCGACGACGACACAAAGUUCUCCGUGUCCGACUACCGCGACCGCCUCUACAAGGACGUCGUCGCGCGGCGCAAGGACCGCGCCGCCCGGAUGGCCGCCUACUUCCCCAAGGCGAGGGACAGCGCGAGCGCCUCGCGCGCGUCCACGGCGGAGCGCUGAGUCCGCCCCCCAGCGCCUCCCUCCGUCCCUCCCUCCUCCGCCCUCCUCCGCUGCGCCGCGGAGCUCUCGGGCCCCACGCGCGCGUCGCGUCGCGUCUCUACGGUGGGUCCGAGACCCUCACGGCCUCUCCGCCCCUCCCCUACGCUCACCGACGCUGGCAUGACGCCGCCGAUACGUACCGCGGUCUCUCGCGAUCUGUUCUCUCUCCGUACCUCUUAAGGUAUAUGUCUGUCCACUGUCUCGCACACACCCGACAUCACCGCGCCCUGUUCCAUGUGUGGAGACCUCUUCUGUGUCGCGGUCUGGCCUGUCGAGAAUUUUAUGUGUAAAUGUACCUGCUACUUGC